CGUUUAUGGAUGGGGUCGAGUCGCGCAGGUGGCAGGGAUUAUUAAAUCUAGCAAAAUGGCGGGAGCUGAUCGGGCCAGUUUAUGCGCUGCUGUGAAUUGCCUACGAACAAAGUAUCGCGCAGCUGCUGGAUCAGAUACACUACAACAGCGUUAGUAGUAAAGAGCAUGCUGCCAUUUGCUGUUGUUGAUUUUCUGGAUGGUGGGGGUGUAUCCAUUGUUCCUUGCAAGUGGUUUACAGGACCAGCAGAAGACUCUUGUUUCUGGCCACCAGGGAGAGUAAAUAUCAACAAGGUGGUAAGGGAUGAAAUCUCUCCAAAUACAGACUGGCCACAGUACAGAGUUCGCAUCUUGGGGAAAGCUGAGAGCUAUGAAAGUGCCAGAGUGAAACUGCGGAGGUCUGAGACAACAUCUGAUCUGCAGACUGAGUCAGAUUCUGGAGGGAGUUUGGGAAAAGGAAAGCGAAAGAGGAGGCCAGUGGUUCUGUCCAGCUCAGAUGAGUGGGACGAUCCUGCAGAACAACAAGAAACCUCAACACUGUCAUCAGCAGAGGAGAGAUCUUCAAGGAUAACUCCCCACCCGAAUGUCACCCAUCCAUUUGUUCAGCCACCAACACCCACAAGGCCUUCCCCUGUGGUUACACAACCAAAUCCACGACGACUUGUACAGGACACAAAUGCCAACAUGUUUGUCCGUGUUCUAACCCUUUUGGAGGACAUCAAAGACACUCAGAGGGUUCAUAGUCGAAUGCUACAGUCUCUGCUGAAACAACGCGAUGGACCAGUUGCUGCUGUGUUACCCGGGGGUGCUCGGUUUCCCCUCCAGACAGUCCAAGAUGUGGAAGCACUGGAGCAAAAGUUAUUAGAUCCUGUCUUCCUGAAAGAAGUGGUUGCUGUUGUGGCAGAGAUUGGAGGAAGUACAGUUGAUGAAGCUACCAGAAGAAUGAUGGCUUUCAUAAUGGAUAAUCCCCUUUCUAGGGAAUAUAACUUUAUUGGGCGCCAUGGAAAGCGGGAAUUUAGAGGCCUUAAGCUUUUUGAAGUGCUAUAUGGCAGUUUGAAAAGAAAUGCUCUCACCAGCCAGAUCACAAGAAAAGAGGCAGAAAAGGCAGCAUCCAAGUGGCUUAUUGGUGCAAGGGAUAGAGGAGGAAACCGAAUGGCAAGGGCUAAGUCACAUAAUGCAUGACAGGACCGACAGAUCGGAAGAUGAGUGAUGAGUGGUUUGCUGUUUCUUUCUAUCAAAAAAGCUCAUACUUACAUAUUUUGAAUACUUUUGCAUCUCUGUAACCUUUUUGUCAACAUGUUCUCUAUACAAAAUAUGUUGUUUCAUAAAACUGUUUAAAAAUUGUAUAUUAAGCAUUCUUAAUAAAAAAAAAAAAACAGG